AUGUUGAGUUGUUCUUCAUCUAAAGUUUCCAGGUUCAGGCUCGUACCCUGUCUCGUUCAACAAUAUUGUACGGUACAAAAGGAAAGUGUUGUUCUUGGUAUUGAAACGUCGUGUGACGAUACUGGUUGUGCCAUAAUUGAUAGUAAUGGAAUUUUACACAGUGAAACAUUAUUAUCUCAGAAUGUUAUUCAUCUAAGGUACGGAGGUGUUAAUCCAUUAAUCGCAAGGGAUCUUCAUCGUGACAACAUUGAGUUAGCUGUGACCGAAACAUUAAACAAAGCAUCUAUGCGAAUAGAAGACAUUGAUGCAAUAGCUGUAACUUUGAAGCCUGGACUAUUAUUUUGUUUACAAAUCGGUGUUAAGUAUGCUAAGUACUUGUCAAAAUCUUUCCACAAACCUUUAAUACCUAUACAUCAUAUGGAAGCACAUGCAUUAGUCGCCAGAAUGCACCAUAAUAUCGAUUUUCCCUUCCUAACCUUAUUGAUCUCUGGUGGGCAUUGCUUAUUAUCGCUGGUUAGAGAUGUGGAUGACUUCUUACUUUUAGGUGAAACCUUGGACAAUGCCCCUGGUGAAGUUUUAGACAAAGUGGCCAGAAGAAUGAAAUUAAGAAAUUUACCUGAAUACUCUGUAUUGCCUGGUGGAAGGGCUGUCGAGUUGGCAGCAGAGAAAGCGAAUAAUCCUUAUAAAUUUCAUUUUCCUAUACCAUUAAAUAAAAUGAGAGAUUGUAAUUUUAGUUUUAGCGGUUUGAAAGAUGUUUUAUGUAGGUAUUUGUAUAAAAAGGAGUUGGAGCAUAAUAUAAAAGGUGAUGAGAUUAUACCAGAACAUAAUGAUUUGUGUGCUGCAUUUCAAUUAGCUAUUGCAAAGCAUAUAGUGCAUAGGACAGAGAGAGCUCUUAGAUUUUGCAUAAGACGUAAUUAUCUUCCAGAAGAUGAAAUAAACCUUGUUGUGUCUGGUGGAGUAGCCUGCAAUAAUUUUAUAUUUAAAUGUCUUGAACAUUGGGGUAAUAAAACAGGAUGUAAUGUUUACAGACCACCUUCAAAAUUAUGUACUGAUAAUGGAAUUAUGAUAGCCUGGAAUGGAGUAGAAAAGAUGAAGAAGAGUAAUUGCUUUACCAAAAUUAACCUCAACAAUAUUGACCCUGUUGCACCCUUAGGCAUCAAUAUUAAAGACAAAGUUAGAAAUGAUGACAUUUAUGUGAAGUCUACAAGAUUAAAUGAUAUUUUUCAGUAG